UGCGUGUCAGAGUGGCAGGGAGCUGAUGGGUAGCACCCAUCUUGCUAGCCAUAAACACAGCCCAACAGCACAGUCUCAGAGGCAUUGCCAGCAGAUCCCUGAAGAAAAGAGCUUUUUGGGGUGGUGAUGUGGAUACAGUUUGGGUUCAGAGGGCGGGAGGACAGAGCUCAGAUCUCAAGAUGAAAAGCUGUUUUUCACAUUUUAUUCAUUUCCAUUGUUCCACUGUUGACAUUCCCAGAGGAUUUGUUUCACAUGCUGAACAAUGUCCUUUUGCAUUGCCACAACAGGGAUAGUCAGCCUGAAGGCCUCAAAGCUUAACAAGAACAAAUUUGAGCGUGGGAAGAUAGAUGAGUUUACAGUCGAGUCUGUCGACAUAGGAGACCUGAAAAAAAUCAAGAUAGGCCAUGAUAAUGCAGGUAAUUCAAAUGGCUGGUUUCUGGAAUGGGUGGAAAUCGAUGCCCCAUCCCUGGGACAAUGCCUCAAGUUCCCUUGUGGCCGUUGGCUGGAUAAAUCAGAGGAUGAUGGAGCCAUUGAGAGAUUUAUCUUCCCUGCAGAAUUGCAGACAACAGAAUAUAUCCCAUUUGUUCCUUAUGAGAUUACAGUCUACACCAGCGAUAUCUUUGGAGCCGGCACGGAUGCAGAUGUCUUCAUUGUUCUCUAUGGAAGUGAUGGGAUCUGCACUCAGCAAAAAUCCCUGUGCCUCAACAAGAGAGAGCAACGGAUGUACUUUGAGAGGAACUCGGUGAAUCAGUUCAUUGUGGAGCUGGAGGAUGUUGGUGACAUUAUCGAAAAGAUUCGCAUAGGACACAAUGGUGGAGGGCUGAACUCUGGAUGGCACUUGGAUCGUGUGGCAAUUCGGAGACUGCUACCAAAUGGGAAGGGUUCAGAAACUAUCACGUUUCCAUGUGAAAGAUGGCUUGCAAAGUCUGAAGAUGAUGGUGAGAUUAUCAGAGAACUGGUACCUUCUGAUAUUUUUACUGAAAAGCUCAUGAAGGAUGGGACACUUAAGCAGAUAGAAGAAGAGGUUGAAGACCCGCUGGAAGUUCACACGUACAAAAUCAGCGUGUUCACUGGAGAUAUGUAUGGUGCUGGAACAGAUGCUAACGUUUUCCUAAAUAUCUAUGGAGAUCUGGGGGAUACUGGAGAGCGGAAACUCAGCAAAUCUGAAACAAACUUCAACAAGUUUGAAAGAGGACAGGAGGACACGUUUACGAUACAGGCUGUGGACCUUGGCAUUCUGUACAAGAUCAAGAUUCGCCAUGACAAUAGCAUGUUCAGUCCUGACUGGUUCCUGGAAAAAGUGGAGAUCCUGGAUGAGACCACAGAGGAGUCGUUUGUGUUCCUCUGUGAACGCUGGCUCUCCAAAAAGAAAGAGGACAAGAAGAUAGAACGUACGCUUUAUGAGCAGAGUUACGAUGGUGAACGGAGAAGCCUGAGUGAGUCCUCCAUCAGCCUAUCGAGUCUGGAUAGCAGUGGAAACCCAAAGGAGAAAAAAUCCCGCUUGGUCAAGUCGGCAGAAGAAGGAUUAUUAAUCCCAUACCAUAUCACUGUCACGACGGGCAUUGAGUACGAUUCCAGCACCGACAGCCGAGUGUUCAUCAUCAUCAUGGGUCCUCAGAAAGUGCAGACUGAGAGGCUGUGGCUGGAUCUCCCUGAAGGAAAAGAUGAGUUUGCAGAUGGCUCUGUGGAGAAAUUCUCUGUUUGGGGCCUGGAUGUUGGGGAAAUCAAAAAAGUGGAGGUGGGACACGAUGGUGCCACCCCUGAGAGCUGCUGGCUGUUGGAAGAGCUCACCAUUGUCGUGCCCACCAAAGGUGUCAUGUACAACUUUGUCUGUAAAUGCUGGCUGGCCAGAGACAAGGGUGAUGGUCUCACCUCACGGAUCCUCAACAUUCUGGAUGCAGACUGUGUCAACGUGGGCAUCAAGAUCCUAUACGAAGUCACAGUUGUGACUGGAGACAUCGAAAGCGGCGGUACCGAUGCUGGUAUUUUCAUGACUGUCUUUGGAUCCAAUGGGAACACUGAGGAGAUGCAGCUGGAUAAAAAUGGAGAUAGAUUUGAGCGAGGCCAAGAGGACAGCUUCAUCAUGGAAAUUGCUGAUAUCGCACCCCUGAGGAAGAUGAGAAUCAGGACAGAUGCGAAGGGGAUGCGCCCAGACUGGUUCCUGGAGAGGAUAGUCAUGAGGAACCUGACUAAUCAGGAAGUGGCCACAUUUACAUAUGGUGAUUGGCUGUCAAAGGUGAAAAAUGCCAAGGGAAGUCUUGUGUGUGAGAUGCCAGCCAUGAUAAAUGAUGAGCAGAUGAUGGAGGACACCACUUAUACAAUUCAAGUUAAAACCAGUGAUAUUGGAGGAGCUGGCACCGAUGCCAACGUUUCCUUGAUUCUGUUUGGGGAGAAUGGAGACAGUGGGACCCUUGCUCUGAAGGAGUCCAACAAGUCUAACAAGUUUGAGAGGAACCAGAUGGAUGAAUUCAACUUCCCUGACAUGCUGAGCCUGGGAGAUCUCUGCAAAGUGCGAAUAUGGCAUGACAACAAAGGAAUCGCUCCAGGUUGGCACUUGGAAUAUAUUGAUGUGAUGGACUCUGCCACAGACAAGACUUUUCGCUUCCAGUGCGAUCGCUGGCUGGCUAAAGGUGAAGAUGAUGGGCAGCUCAUAAGGGAACUGGCUUGUGCCAAUAAUGACAUCCUGGAAUUGAAGGAACGAACUGCCUAUGAAAUUGUCACAGUAACAAGCGACAGAGACGAUGCAGAAACAAAGGAGAACAUCUGGAUCAUCUUGGAAGGAAAGCUGGGCCGCUCGAAAGAGUUCCUUAUGGAAAACUCCUCCAAGAAAAGGAGAUUUGAAAGAGGAUCAACAGAUACGUUCCAGUUUUCUUCUAAGAACCUUGGUGAUAUUGCAGCCAUCUGUGUUGGUCACUGUCCAAAGGAUGGAAAGAAGUCAUCUGCAAAAGCUGAUGUCUACUGGCAUGUCAAGGAGAUUAUCAUAACGGAGAUGGAGCUUUGCAACAAGUAUUUUUUCAAGUGCAAUGGGAAAAUCCCUCUGCGGUACAAGCGACGGGACUACAAAGUCUUUGAGUGUGCCAAGAUCAUUGAGAGCUUUGCCAGCAAAGCCCGCAGCUUGGUGCCAGUCAAAUACGAGACCAUCGUGGUCACUGGCUUUGAAAAGGGUGCGGGGACGGAUGCCAACGUGUUCAUCACCAUCUUUGGGUUGAAUGGGGAUUCAGGGAAGCGAGCCCUGAAGCAGAAAUUCAGGAACCUCUUUGAACGGGGCAAAACCAACAGAUUCUACCUGGAAACACUGGACAUGGGGGAGCUGAAAAAGGUCCGGAUUGAGCAUGACAACAGUGGGCUGGCCCCCGGCUGGCUGGUGGAGAGGGUGGAGAUCACCAACUCAGCCACCGGUGUGACCACCAUAUUUCCCUGUGGGAAGUGGCUGGAUGAGAAUCGGGGUGAUGGGUUAAUCUGGAGGGAGCUGUUUCCCAGGUAUUGAGGAGAGUUUUGCUCCCUUUGGCACAAGUGUAUCUUUUUUUUUUUUCUUUCUUCCUUUUUAUUUUUUCUUGUUUUUUUUUCUUCUCAGUGUACGGUUUUAUAUUGUGUUUUCCUUUUCAAAAUGCUGCCUUUUUUAUUGAUAAGUUUUCAGUGACAAGAUGUGC